UAAUUAUGAGGUAAACAGGAACGAAAGUGAAGCCGAAGCAGCCGAUAUUCAGGACGAGGAAACGAAACGGCCACUGAGUUUUGAUAACGAACGUGCAAACUCGGCGCAAAUUGCGCUGUGAAUGCGCUUUUCAAUGAACUGCGUUUGCAAGUCUUAGCAGUCUUAGCUGUGUGGAAAGGUUUAGCACGACGCGAUACUUAUUCGAGUGGUUUCACGCAGCGAAAUCUAGCUACGCCGUACUGCCUCAACGCAUCGUCAAAAUCAAGGAAAAUCAGUGAUGGCUCUCAAAGGAAUCCGUGUCCUCGAGAUGGCUGGGCUGGCACCGGCCCCUUUCUGCGGCAUGGUGCUACGUGACUUUGGUGCUUCUGUGAUUCGAAUCGACAGGCCGAAACCGAAGUUCGAUGCAGAUCGCCUGUGCAGGGGCAAGCAGUCUAUCGUGAUCAACCUCAGGGAGAAGAAAGGGGUUGCUUUGCUGCAAAAGAUGGCCAAAAAAUCUGACGUUCUACUUGAGGGCUACCGUCCAGGCGUGAUGGAGCGCAUGGGUCUCGGGCCCGAUGUGCUCCUGCAGUCUAACCCGCGGCUGGUGUACGCGCGCCUCACGGGGUUCGGCCAGACGGGGCCCUUCUCUGCCAUGGCCGGCCACGACAUCAACUACGUCGCACUGUCCGGCGUGCUGUCCAUGCUGGGCGCGUACGGCCAGAAGCCUCAGCCGCCGGUGAACUUAAUGGCGGACUUCGCCGGCGGCGGCCUGCUGUGCGCUCUGGGCAUCUGCAUGGCGCUUCUCGAACGGGAGCACUCCGGCAAGGGACAGGUCAUCGACGCGAGCAUGACUGAGGGCUGCGCGUACGUGAGCACCUUCCUGUGGAGGACGCGCAGCUCCAAGAUGGCGCUGCCCAUCUGGAUCGACGACCGUGGAGGAAACAUCCUGGACGGCGGCGCGCACUUCUACAACGUGUACGAGACCCAGGACGGCAAGCACAUGGCAGUCGGGGCGCUAGAGCCGCACUUCUACGAGGCACUGGUGAAAGGAUUGGGUCUGGAUCCGGAGGACGUGCCGCAGUUCACAGAAUGGGACAAGUAUAAGGAGGUCUUCGCCGAGGCGUUUAAGAAGAAGACGCAGGCCGAGUGGUGCGCCGUGUUCGACCUCACGGACGGCUGCGCGGUGCCCGUGCUGGACCACGAGAGCGCCGGCGAGCACCCGCACAACGCGCACCGAGGCGCAUUUAUCGAAUGCAAGGAUGGGCCGCCGGUUCCCCGUCCGGCGCCCCUACUGUUGAGGACGCCCGCCGAGCCGGACAUGGAGGAGCCGCUGUUCGGCGAGCACACCAGGCAGAUCCUCAAGGAAGUGCUCGGAAUGAGCGACGCCGAUGUGCAGAAGCUGAUAGACGAUAACGUGGUCGCGGCGCCCUCCUACAAGCUCAAGUCCAAGUUGUAGUUUAUGC